CUUUGAGGUUAGGUCGCUGGGAAAAGGAAAAUUUUUAAUAUUUUCCAACAUUUUUCGUGAAUUUCGGAAUAAAUUUGCGCGAUUUCAGAGCAAAUUAGAGUCAUCUGCAAUUCCCGCCUUUGUUCCCGUUGGAAAAGGUGAAAAUCGGCAGAAAAGCGGCUGAAAAUGGCUCUUUACGACGAUCUGGAUAGUAAACAUGGUCCGGAUAAGGUGGCCGGUUGGUCGUCAGGUAUCAAACUGCUCCAAACGCAGCUGCAAGUGAAGAAAAAUCAGCCGGUCAUCACACCGAAGGCGAUCCUGCGAAAACCACUUGGGAAUAAGAUACUGCCACCGGUCGUGCUGAAGGCACGAAAAGAAACAUCCGCCGAACCGACGGCCGGCCAGGUAACAGUGGAAACGACCGCGAUUGUUAAGGCGAAACCGAUUGUGGUGACUACGGCCAUCCCAGCCCCGAGCCCGAUCACGACAGCCGCAUCGGAAGAUUACAGCUGGGACGUGGUCGACGAAUACGAUCCGAUGUGGCCCAAUGAGUACGACAAGCUGGUGAAAGACCGGAAAAAGGAAGCCCCGAUCAAACCGCUGCAAAACAAUUUCGGACGGAAUCGACGGGAGUACAAACGGGGCGGUGGGUUCGGCGGUCGAAUGAACAACAAUAACAGUAACAGCGGUGCUGGUGCCAUGCCGAGCCACCCCAAUCCGGCAGCCGGAGUUGGUGCCGAGGAUGAGGGCCCGACCGCAAAGAAGUACAGCGGUUUCGCCGGCCGACCAUCAUCGGACGAUGAAGAAGAAUUCCGUCCUGGACAGUCUCGCCCUUCAACGGGGGCCGCUAUUGCACCGCCACCGUCGUUGCAAGAAUCCAGUGGUGCUCCGUUGCCUGAAGGUGGAUCCAAAGUACCGCAGUUGGCUGCUUACGGUGGCAGCUCGGUUGCUGCUAAAAUUAUGGCCAAAUAUGGAUUUAAGGAUGGCCAAGGAUUAGGCAAACAGGAGCAGGGGAUGGCAGUUGCGCUACAAGUGGAGAAAACGUCCAAACGCGGAGGAAGAAUCGUCCACGAAAAGGAUAUUCCUGCGGGAGGAAGUAGUGGUACUGGAGGGAAUACUGCAACGCCGGCUGGCGGAGGUGAGCCUGCUACUGGGUCUCCACAGAGAACCGGCUCCGCCACAGAACCAUCAAUCACCGAAAUAAUGAAAUCACCCAGUAAAGUGGUGCUUUUGAGGAACAUGGUCGGGCCGGGUGAUGUGGAUGAUGAGCUGGAACCGGAGGUAAAGGACGAAUGUAACACAAAGUACGGAGACGUUGUGACGGUGGUGAUACACGAGGUUCCGAAUGUGGUCCCCGAAGAAUCGGUUCGCAUCUUUGUCGAAUUCAAGCGGAUAGAGAGCGCGAUCAAGGCGGUAGUUGAUUUGAAUGGACGUUUCUUCGGUGGCCGACAAGUGCGUGCCGGGUUCUAUAAUCAGGAACGUUUUGAAAACAUGGAUCUUGGUGGUUAAACAACGCUGCGGUCCGUUGAAACUUCUUAUAGAAGUUUCUUCUGCAAAGUACCAACCUUCUAUUAUUUCUCACGCGGGAAUCCCUACGAUUUCAUUUGCUACGUGGAAUUUUGCGGUAUGUAAUAAAAUAAGCUGUUUCCAUCCCAAGGACGCAAAUGUGCUGCUGCAAAAGCAUGAAGCAAGUUUCACGAUUGUAUUUUAUCAGAAUGCUUAACAAAAGCCAACGGAAUGAUAGUAGGGUACAACAAAGUGCUUCAGGUCCAGGUUACGUAUGAUUGAGAAAGAUGAGCAAACACGUAAUUGAGGUAAGAGUGUGCGCGAGCGACAUAACGCCUAGUAAUCCUCCCGAAAGAGCUUCAUAUCAUCCGCCGCUGGAAUGUUUAAUGACUAGAGAUCGAUGUUAAUUGCCGCGUUUAAGCAAAGCUAAGGGACAUUCGAUGGCACGGGUAGCGGAAGAAGCUGCUGAUACAAAUACCAUGAUCAGAGAUCACUGCUGAUGGACGACACUUCCGGAUGGUCCAUCAAACUCAUCUAUCGCAUCGUUUAUACUGGUUUCGGAUUCGGUAUCUUGUGGAUGGAUCACCAGCGUUGUGACACCGCUCGUGACCAGUUUGAUCGGCGGUGGUGGAGGUGUGUUACAGCUUUCGAAGAUCGUCUCACCG